CCUGGACCCUGCUGUGCUCGGCUCUGUGCAAGCACAGACCAGAGGCAGUAGACGAUUGCAGAGUGAUGGUGCCUCACAGGUGGUUUUCACACAUGAGUUCAAGAAGACUGCCUAGUUAGAAGAAGCGAUUGCUGUGGAGGACAGCAUGACAACCAUGAAAGGAAGCUGCCUUCUUGCACUGCUGCUGACAGGACUUGGGGUGUUAGGAAUACUGGAGUCAACAACAAAAGAAGACACCCAUUGCCACAGAGCUGAGCACCCAGUUAUUUCAUACAAAGAAAUUGCCCCUUGGUUAUACAUGUUCAGAUCAGAAGAUGCUGUAGACUUCUCACAGUUAACGUUUGACCCAGGACAAAAGGAGCUUAUUGCUGGAGCAAGAAACUACCUCUUCAGGUUGCAGCUUGAGGAUCUCUCACUAAUACAG